AUGGACGUGCCCCUCGUCUGCGACUACGGCUCGGGCUUCAGCAAGGUGGGCUUUGCGGGCAUGGAAACCCCCCUGGCCGUGUUCCCCACCCUCCUCGGGCAACUUCGACACGACAAUCCGCUGGUGGGGAUGGGCGAGGAGGACUGGUUCCUCGGAGACGAGGCUCAGCAUAAGCGAGGGGAACUUAGCCUACAAUAUCCCAUCUCCCGGGCCACCGUCACGAACUGGGCCAACAUGGAGAAGAUCUGGCACCACUCCUUCUACCAGGUGCUCCGCGUCGCCCUGAGGCAGCAUCCUCUCAUGGUGACGGAGCCGCCUUUAAACACAAUGUCCAACAAAGAGAAGAUGUCACAGAUCCUGUUUGAGACCUUCAACGUGCCCGCCCUGUACUUAGCCAACCUGGGAGUCCUUUCUCUAUACGCCUCCGGCCAGACCUCCGGAACAGCCAUUGAGUCUGGAGAAGGAAUGACGUACUUUGUGCCCAUCAUUGAUGGCUGUCCUUUGCAUCAGUCAACCAUCCAGACGGACAUGGCAGGCCAAGACCUAACCUCGUAUCUCCUGCAACUAUUGACAGGCGGUGGGCACUCGUUGGUGAGCACAGGCGACCGGGAGCACGUCCGGAGCAUAAAAGAACAAUACUGCUACGUGGCUUUGGACUUUGACAAGGAAAAAGUAAAAACGGACUCGCCUUCCUACGCCCAGAAAGUUCAGCUGCCCGAUGGCCAGGAGGUCACCCUCGGGCAGGAGAAGUUCUUCUGCCCCGAAGUGCUUUUCCAGGCAGACCUCAUGGGGAGAAACGACCUGGGCAUCCAUAUGAAGGCCUUCCAGAGCAUCAGCUCCUGCAGCCCCGCCCUCUGGAAGAUUCUCUUCGGCCACGUUGUCUUGUCUGGAGGUACUGGCUCCUGUUCCGGCCUGCGGUUCCGGAUGCAGAGGGAAAUAUCCACCCUCGUUUCCCCUACAAUUAACGUGAAGGUAUCCACCUGCCCCAACUCCACGUACGGCGCCUGGGUGGGGGGUUCCAUCCUGUGCUCGCUUUCCACCUUCAAGGACAUGUGGGUCACCAGCCAGGAGUAUAAGGACAUCGGUUCCUCUGUCAUCAGCAGGAGAAGCUUCUGAUUUGUGGCUUUGUGGAUGCCAUCUUCUGGCCCACCGAUGCCAACUCCACCUUGGCCGGGCUGAUCAGUGCUGAGAACCAGCUCGAAU